CUCAUGUGUCUACAUUUUCAUCCCAUGGCCGUCUCUAGGUGAUUUAGCGCCGCCAGUCUCAAGCAGGUGUCCAACAUGGCGAUCACGGGAAGCGGAUCUCUCGCAAUUUCUUUCUUCGUUUUCGUGAUUUCAGCGGCGUUUCUUCAGAAAGGAGCUGCUGAAACCCUGACAGUCGAAGGUCAGAAUCUGGCAACUGACAACGUGACAGUGAUUGAGGGGGAAACGGCCACCAUCAGCUGCAGAGUGAGGAACAACGAUGACUCCGUCAUCCAGCUGCUCAACCCCAACAGACAGACCAUUUACUUCAAAGAUGUUAGACCUCUCAAGGACAGCCGGUUCCAGCUGGUGAAUUUCUCUGACAACGAACUGCGGGUGUCUCUGUCCAAUGUGUCACUCUCCGAUGAGGGACGCUAUGUGUGCCAGCUCUACACAGAUCCUCCUCAGGAAGCCUACGCAGACAUCACUGUCCUGGUCCCGCCAGGCAGCCCAAUCAUCGAGAGCCGCGAGGACGUGGUCAGCGAGGGGAACGAGACGGAGCUCACCUGCACAGCCAUUGGCGGCAAGCCAGCCGCCUACAUCAGAUGGAUGAAAGGGGAGGAAGAACUGACAGGUGAAACAACAGUUGAGGAGACGUAUGACAGGAUGUUUACUGUCACCAGCCGGGUAAGAUUUUCUGUCACCAAGGAGGAUGAUGGAAUGCCAGUGGACUGCAUCAUUGACCACCCAGCUGUAAAGGACCUCCUGGCUCAAAGACACUUGGAAGUACUUUAUAAACCAGAAGUAAAGAUCGUGGUGACAUAUCCUGAAGGUUUAACCAGAGAGGGUGACAAUCUGGAUUUGACAUGUAUCGCUGAAGGAAAGCCACAUCCCCAUCAGAUUAACUGGCUGAGAGUAGAUGAGGAUGUGCCGCCUCAUGCUGUGGUCACCGGCUCUGAUCUCUACAUCGAGAACCUCAACAAGUCCUACAACGGCACCUACCGCUGUGUGGCGUCCAAUGCUGUAGGAGAGGCUUAUGUCGACUACAUCCUCUAUGUACAUGAUGCUCCCACUACUAUCCCCACACCCACCACCAACCCAGUCAACACGCAAGACUCCAGAGCCGGGGAGGGGGCACCGCAGAAAAUUGACCAUGCUGUCAUCGGAGGAGUGGUUGCUGUGGUGAUGUUUGCCAUCCUCUGCGCGCUCAUUGUUCUUGGUCGAUACUUUGCCAGACACAAAGGAACUUACUUCACGCAUGAAGCCAAAGGGGCGGACGACGCAGCCGAUGCGGAUACGGCCAUCAUCAACGCGGAGGGGGGACACAACAACACAGACGAGAAGAAGGAGUAUUAUAUUUAAACUGGACAGGCCAGGAGAGACGGGUGGGGAUGCUGGUGGUUGUGAUGGUGGUUGUGGUGGUGCUGUAGGAGCAUUGUGUCUAACUCUGAUUGGUUGAAGAUGACUUGAAGGCAGGGAGGGCAAUAUUUAAAGAGAAGGAGAAGAAAGAAAAAGGCGGGAAAAGUUGGACUGACAUGGUGGCCAAGUGGUAAGAAGAAGAGGCGUUGCUGAGUGUCCUAUUCGACCCUUCCUGGACAGCUGGGGCCUAUUCUGUACAGUUCAGUUAUUUUACAGACAAUUUUGUGCCUUGUUCUCUUUCUUUUGUUUGUUUCGUUGUUUUCCCCUCACACGCCGGUUGAAUUGGAUUCGUUUUUUUGUCUGUUAUCAUGUACUCCACUUGAUCUUUUGUUGCAUUUGGCUUCGUCUAUGUGUGCCGCAGCUAGCUUUGAGCUCAUGUACCCAGAUACAGUGUGAUGAGCCUGCUCCUCAGUGCUUUUUUCUUUUUUUUUUCUUUUUUUGGAGCAAUCUACAGAGUUCAUUAACUGGAAUACGGUGUCAACACAUUUCUCCCCGCUGGGUCAAAGUCCAACAGUGCCUGCAAGUUCAUCAGAGGCCCCCCCUCCUCCCCACAUUCCCUCGUACAUGCAGGUCUGAUUGGGUUUCAAGUAUUACAGCGCAGAUUUCCCUCAGCCCCUUUGAGGUCAGGUUCACUGUGUCGAUUACUUAUAUAACAGUCGUGAGUAAUUUUGCUCAUCAUAGAAUGUAUUUGUACAUGAAGGUGAUGUAAAAGUGGCAACCAAUCUUUUGUGGUUUCUGACGAUUAGUCGCUAAGAGGCUUUUGCCCAACUCCACCUACGAUAUCUCGGCAGCUGUAAUGUGCCAUGAUAUACAGUUCUAAGUUCUAUAUAGCCAUUUCUGUCAUUUCUGAUUGGAAUACAUAAAUAAUGAAUCUAUAGUAGAGAGAGAAUAACUCUACACAAUGCCUUUUGCUAAGCUUCAGAUAAGCUUGAUGUCUCUAUGAUAAAUAGAAAACUACAGCCAACAGCCAGCUAGCUUGAGACUUGGCUACCUUGAGCUUCACUGCAGCUUGUAAGUGUAGCUGAUUCUACCCCUCUCCAGUAGUUAUUGACCCAAAAGACUCUGUUUGCAGGUGUUAUUAUGGGUCAAACUUUACAUUCACACAUACACGCCUUACACAAAGUAGGUCCUGCUACACUGAUCGUAACAUUUUAUUUAAAGGUAUUCAUUAGCUGUUGGUAUACCCUGCCAUGUGUCUGUGCGCUUUUGUUUUAAAUAUGACAUUUGUCACCUUUUCAUACCACCCACGUAGUCUACCUUGGACCAAAUAUAAUAAUUAUAGUGCGCUUAUACAGUAUACAGCAAGUAUAGCUUGUGUAAAGCAGAGAGCUUUGCAGCGAGCUUCUCGCUAAAUAACUGACUUUAUUUGAUGGCACACUAUAUUGGCCAGUUAACUGGGAGAUGUUAAAAGGCCUUGAGUUAUUAAUUUUCCAAGGUUUUACCCUUUUAUUUGCCGUAUCUAAGGGAAGAAAGAAUGUUAGGCCUUCAGUGUUUCCUGCCCAUGUAAAAUAUCAAGGCACGUCUCUGUCAAUACAGCACGUGAACAAAAAAUUCACAGCUUUUUUUUUUUUUUUUUUGCCCUUACCCAUACACAAGUAUUGCUGCAAAUAUGAAUGAGUUAUAUUUUCUUGCUGUGUGUUUAGACAUUUCACCUUUGAUAACUUGCGAGGGCUCUUGGCCUUACAAGUUAUCAAAGAUUUGCAGAUAGCUUUAGACUUGGGGGAAAGAUAAUUUUCUUACUGUCAUCCUGCAGCCACAAACCUUCACAGAGGAAGCGUCUACUGUUAGAAAUUUCUCUCUUUUUGUUCGACAACACAAAUCGGCAGUGUGCACGCGGCGCGCGCUUCAUGCCUUUGACUAGAAGAGGAAAAUCCGUUUGGUAAUUAGCGAGUGAUUUCAGUGUAUUGCCUAAAAUACUGGAGGAAAAAAAAAAGAAAUCUGUAAAUGUAUUAUGAAAAAGGAUAACCACUGCCUUAAACCCACCUCUUGAUACUUAUCAUUAUAAAGGAAAAGACUGAAGGACUUAAUUUAGUGCCUUCUCCUUUGAUUUUGAGGCAUAUGGUUAGUAUCAUACAGUAUCCUCAUGUACACUCUUACAGUAUACCUUGUAUAUAUCCGUCCUUUCUAACUUACAGGGCCAAUACUCAUCCCAGUCGUCUGUCCGCGCACCAUAGAGCGGCAUCACAAUUACAACCUGCAGCAUAAAAAAGCUGGAAUGAGUUUAAAGCUGGAAAAGAAAAAAAGUAUUGGCAGCUUCCACUGACUAGAAUGUUGUAUUCCAGGAUAUAGUACUUGUCUUAAUUAAUGACCACAAAAAAAAGUGUUAUUAUCUCAGCUUCACUUCAUUUAUUAUUUAUUUGGAUAUUUUCAAGGACAAGGCUCUGUAGUACUGUAUUAUCAGAGAGGAAUACUGUACUUAAAGCUAUAAUAAGCUACAAUAAAAGUAACUUUUCUGGAUUGUAGUUACAGUGUCAUGGAAACAGUUAUGUGCAUGACCUUUUUGUUUUCUGGGAUUUGAUAUUUAUCUUAAAUGGUGAUUGCUGCUUUUAAUGGGGCAACGUUAAAAGAUCGCCGGAAGCAUCAUUCUAAUUCAGUUUUUGAUUUUGUUAUUUUGAAAUACUUGAUAUUGAGUAUGUUUGUUUUCACUCUCUCAGGUUCAUGAGUGUUAAUAGUUGUGUUUUUUUGCAUCUCAGGUAGAAUGCAAAUUUAUGGCCCCAAGUAUAUACUGUAGUACCACAGCUAUUUGAAAAAGUAAAGAAACCACAGGAUGUACAUGUUUUUCUCAGUUGUACAAGUUUAUGUGUUCUUAAUAUGGUGCACUGUUACAGUAAACGUUAAUUAUUUUGCAUAGACCUAGUUCACAAAGAAAGAAAAACUAGAUUUGUUAAGCAGACAAAAAUGAUGUACAGUCAGUGUCAACAAAAUCACGAUGAUGUUCAUGAAACCUCUUCUUCUUCCUCCUCCUCCACUGUAACAUUUUGCUCAUGCAGUAUCGGUUAUUUAGUAAUUAUAGGAUGUGACCACAGACAGUCAAUCAAGCAUCUGUUUGCAUUCAUAGAUGAAGAUGGUGUAUUUACUGUGACAUGAAGUUUUAUCAACGAUCUGUAACGUCUUGGAUAUUUGGAUGAACUUUAUGUUUAAAGCCUGGGGUGGCGGC